AUGGUGAAGGGGGUUUCUUUUGGUGAUCUUCCAUCACACAUCAUUGGCCACAUUCUGCUAAGACUUCCCAUUAAGUCUAUUUUCAUAUGUAAAUGUGUUUGUAGAAGCUGGAAAACUCUGAUCUCAGACCCACAUUUUGCCAAAUUGCACUUACAGCGUGCACCGGCUGGUUUAUUGAUUCGGGCCAGGGAUCCGGAUCCGAAUCGGGUGUCAAGAAUCCUACACCUUAUGGAGUAUGAGCCUGAAAAUUUUGAAAAUGAUGAUGAUGACCAAUUCUGUUGCUGCGACGACUUUUUUAUCAACCCCGAAUGCAACUCUCACUUGAAGCUUGAGAAUAAUUUCAAGCUUCCUCGUUGUGGUGCCAACCUAGUUUUGGACAAAAGAGAUGAGACUAUGAAAAGGGGUAGACAAAGGCAUUAUAUUUCUAGCAAGCCAGAAGAUGAUAAGUUUGUUGUGCUGAAUUCUUGUAAUGGCUUGCUUUGUUUGUCUGAUGUGCAUCGGGACUAUGUUGUUGUUUGCAACCCAAUUACAGGUGAGUUCAUAAGACUUCCAGAAGCUACUAGAGUUUGUAAGAUUGAUAACGGGCGGCGAGAAAUAUACUGUGGUUUUGGUCUCCAACCCAAAACUAACGAAUAUAAGGUGGUAAGAAUAUCGAAGAGAUAUUGGGGCAGCUAUCCGGAGAUUAAGAGAUCUAUGGCUGUCGAAGUGCACACACUAGGGGCAUCAUCAUGGAAGAAUGUUGACGUUGAUCCUAGUGUUUUUGAAUGGUUUGCAUAUCAUUGGUGCACUGCUACAUGUCUUGGAUUUCCUACUUACGUGAGUGGGGUGCUUCAUUGGAUUGGUUUUUAUGAUCACCAUGCAAUAUUCUGUUUUGACUUUGAAAGCGAGAGAUUUCAAUCCUUCCCUUCUCCUCCUCAUUUAUUUAAAAAGUAUGAUCCAACGCAUAUCACCAUGGGAGAAUUAAAAGGCUCUCUUUACAUAUGUGAUUCAUCUUCUUCUUCUUCUGUGGAUAUUCCUGUCAAAAUGUGGAUUAUGAAGAAAUAUGGUUUUGGAGAAUCAUGGACUAAGGUUUUUAGCAUUGAUACUAUGAGCAGAGAUCGUUGGCCUUAUGGUGGUUUAUAUUGGCCUGUAAAACACUUUAAGAACGGUGCUGCUAUAUUGAUGUAUCAUUCCAGCAAUUGCUUUAUCUACUAUGAACCUGAAAAGUAUGGAUUCAAAAUUUUUAAAGUUCGUGGGACUAAAUCAACAUUUGAGGUUAUUCCUCAUAUUCCUAAUCUCACCUCAUUGAAGGAUGCUGUGAAAGGAGACGAUAUCGAGGUGCUGAAUGUCCACUCAAGUUCUGCAGAGUUUAAAUUGGUUGAAGAAAAUGCAGUUCUUUUCUUGGCUAAAGUGAAUGUUGAAGUGGCAAAUGUGUACUCCAUAUCAUCUGAUGAUGAAGAAUAG